AUGAUAAUCAUCAUCAUCAUAAGUCAGUCAUCGGUCAUCACCAACGUAAUCAUCAUAAACAUGAUAAUCAUCAACAUCAUCAGUCAGUUAUCGGUCAUCGCCAACGUAAUCAUCAUGAACAUGAUAAUCAUCAUCAUCAUCAGUCAGUCAUCGGUCAUCACCAACGUAAUCAUCAUGACUAUGAUAAUCAUCAUCAUCAUCAUCAUCAAUCAGUUAUCGGUCAUCACCAACGUAAUCAUGAUGAACAUAAUAAUCAUCAUCAUCAGUCAGUCAUCGGUCAUCAUGAACAUGAUAAUCAUCAUCAUCAUCAGUCAGUUAUCGGUCAUCACCAACGUAAUUAUGAUGAAAAUGAUAAUCAUCAUAAUCAUCAUCAUCAGUCAGUCAUCGGUCAUCAUGAACAUGAUAAUCAUCAUCAUCAUAAGUCAGUCAUCGGUCAUCACCAACGUAAUCAUGAUGAACAUGAUAAUCAUCAUCAUCAUCAUCAUCAGUCAGUCAUCGGUCAUCACCAACGUAAUCAUGAUGAAGAUGAUAAUCAGAAGAAGAGAAGAAGAAAGCGUCUAG